AUUAAAGACGCGUUGAAUAAUCAACGUUUUGGUCGUCGUCUCCUCCAUCCAGUCUUCCCUAAACUCAUAUACAAAUUAAUCAAACCUUCAUAACCAGUUAACCACCAUUGGAUUGGAUAUCAGCUAUCUGAACAAUACCUGAUCGAAGAUCGAUCAUGAAGAUGAAGUUGCUAACGUUAAUGGUGGUCUCUGUUCUACUAGUUGCAGCUGUGCAUGGGCAGCAGACCUACCUAGCCAACAAGCAGCUCGACUGCUACAACAACUACAACUCCACCGACGGCUACGUCUGCAACGGCGCCUCCCCCUCCUGCGUCUCCUACCUCACUUUCCGCUCCAUCGACCCUCUCUACAACUCCCCCACCUCCAUCGCCUACCUCCUCGACUCCACCCCCUCCGAAAUCGCCUCCGCCAACAACAUCUCCGACGUUGACCCCAUCCCCGCCGACACCCUCGUCCUCGUCCCCGUCAACUGCUCCUGCUCCGGCAACUACUCCCAGCACAACGCCUCCUACACCCUCAAGACCUCCGCCGACACCUACUUCGGCGUCGCCAACAACACCUACCAGGGCCUCACCACCUGUCAGUCCCUCAUGCACCAGAACCCCUACGACGACCGAAACCUCACUUCCGGCCUCCUCUUGGAAGUCCCCGUCAGAUGCGCCUGCCCCACCGCCGCCCAGGCCGCCGCCGGCUUCAACUACCUGCUCGUCUACCUAGUCACGUGGGGCGACUCAACUGAAGCAAUCGCUCAACGCUUCGGCGUAGAUGAGUCCACCUUGCUCGCAGCCAACGACCUGUCGUCCACCGACAUCAUCUAUCCCUUCACGCCCUUACUGGUUCCUCUCAAAACCAAACCUUCCCCUCUUCAACUGCAGCUCCCAACCUCACCUCCUCCGUCUCCGUCUCCGCCUCCGCCGCCUCCCCCGCCGAGUGGCGGCUCUUCCAACAACAAGUGGGUCUUCAUCGGCGUCGGCAUCGGAGCUGGUUGUCUCCUCCUCCUCACCGCCCUCGCCGCCUUCCUCUUCUUAUCCAAACGACGCCGCCGUCAGCUCCGCCAAUCUCCCAAACCCAACUUGCGUCCAAAGAGCUCCGGUGACUACAGGCCGACCUCUCUGCUACCCACCACCGCCUCCGACGACACAACGAAAUCGUGGUCUUCCAGCGGGCUUAAAAUUGCGGUGGAGUCCUUGACGCCUUACAAAUUCCAAGACCUGCAGAGGGCCACCCAAUUCUUCAGCGAGUCCAACAGAAUCAACGGCUCCUCCGUUUUCAGAGCAACCUUCGACGGCGACGAAGCCGCCGUCAAGGUGAUGACAGGCGACGUGGCACUCUCCGGCGACGAGAUCAACAUUCUGAAGCGGAUCAAUCACUCCAACAUUAUCAGACUCUCUGGAUUCUGUGUCCACCAAGGAAACACUUACCUCGUUUACGAGUUCGCUCCUUCUGGCUCACUCAUUGAUUGUCUUCAUAAGGGCGCCAUUAGUCCUCUGUCAUGGAAGCAGAGAGUUCAGAUUGCUAGUGACGUGGCCAGUGCGCUCAACUAUCUACACAAUUUCACAGAGCCUCCAUUAAUCCACAAGAACCUCAACAGCAGCAACAUUCUCCUGGAUGCAAACUUGAGAGCCAAGGUUGCCAAUUUUGGUCUGGCAAGAGCUGUCAAGUUGGAUAACGAAGACGAAGAUGGAGAACAGGGAUUUCAACAGACGAGGCACGUGGUGGGUACGAGGGGCUACAUGGCGCCGGAGUACAUUGAAAACGGAGUGAUCACUCCGAAGCUCGAUGUGUUUGCAUUUGGGGUUGUUUUGUUGGAGCUCUUGUCUGGAAGAAGAGCCUCUGGUGAUGAAGAGCACACAUUGCUGUAUGAGUCCAUUAGUGGGGUGCUUGAAGGAGAUGAUGUGAGGGACAAAAUUAAAGAGUUUAUGGAUCCUUCUCUGAAAAGCAAGUACCCUUUGGACCUGGCGUUUUCGAUGGCUCAGCUCGCUAAGAGCUGUGUUGCGCCUCAGAUCAACUGUCGACCCACAAUGGCUCAAGCUUCGGGGACUCUAUCGAAGAUUCUUUCGUCGACUCUAGACUGGGAUCCAUCUGAUGCUGAGGAUCUUAGAGAUUCAAGGUCACUCAGUUAUGGCAGAUAGACACUCCUACUUGACAUUUUACUCAGCAUUAUAAAAUUUGUAACUUUGUGUAUGGUUUUGUUGGUAUACUCUCUUGUAUCAGUGAGGCAUUCGUUAUUAUUUUCUCUA